GGAAACCACACACAGCUGAGUCAAGCUUUCCGAGCCUUCCUACACCUCACAAACAAAUAGACACGCCCUUAGGGAAACUCUCUUAUAACAACGCCAACAAGUCACUUUGACCCGCCAGCCUUCAAAGGUGGAUAUCCACGUCUGUGUAAAUACAUAAAGAGUAUAUCCGAUCGCCAAUGACCUUGCGACCAACGCGGCCCUCAUGGCUGUUCGAAGAACACGAGUUGGAGGAGCUCAUCGAGCAAAGUAAUCCAACAAUUUCCCUCUCCGCUCUGCGAGCCAGUCGAAACGAAUGCAAACUCGUCGACUCGGUGCUCAAGCAGAUCCUCUCGGUGCAGAAUAUCCAGACGACUCCUGGGGAAUUCGAACUGUACUGGGCGAAAACUCAUCUGGCAAUGGACAUACAAAGUAUUCUGAAGCGCUGGUGUAGCGUUGGAUGGGACAAGACUUGGGAAGGUUCGGCCUUGCGUGAUCUAUGCUUGGAGGCUCCCAAGCGGCAUGGGGAUCGGGAUAUGGACGAUGCAAGAACCACCACAAUUGUCGGUGCUCCUACCGAUACUACGGCGGAGCAAAAGGUCGGGCUCCUGAAAUCUGAGCCCACGCGUCCCAGGUUCCCCGAGACCCCUGCCGCGCGCCGCCAGGACUCGUGUUCAGGAUGGACGCCGUGCAAUGGUCCGGUGGUGGAGUCCGUUGGAGCUGAAGUUACUGCUGCUGCUGCCCGCAGAGUAUACCCCAUCGUUUCCAAGCGAUCGCUCGAGGACCCGGAUGACCCUCAGGCCCGGCGGGUUUCGAGGUCAAAGUCUGUGAAUUUCGGAGACCGAACCCAGUUUACAUGCCCAUACUACGCCAGGAACUUCGAUGAGCACCCGGAAUGUGCGAACAAGUCGUUCCCUAACCCCCGAAAGUUGAAGGAACAUGUCUGGCGCUGGCUAAAGCCCUUCAAGUGCCCCACCUGCGGGGAAGGGUUUGGUCGUGAAAAGACCCGAGCGAUUCACUGCGAUCAACGCAAGACGAAAUGCAAGUGGAUGCCCUCGACAUACGAGGGCAGCGCCGAGCAGCGAAGGGAUCUUAAGAUUGAGUCUGCAAAGAGCACGAAGGAGAUGAUCGAGAUCUUUGAGGAAUAUGAGCAGGAAAAGCACAAUCCACGGGACAGUAACUCCCCUCCUUCCUCCACCAACUCCCACAACCAAGACAAGAACAGCAACAACGAUGAUGACAGCACCAGUGACGAGCGCCAUCAAGUCGGAGAAUACAGAGACAAUCAGGAUGGCAGAAGCUCCAGCCCAGAAUCUCAGAACGCCUCCAAUGCUAGCGUUUCUGAUGGUGACAGCGACCACGGAGACAACUACACCACAACCAAGUCAAACCAUACGCAUACACAGCCCCAGCAAACUAGCAGCGCUAGGAUGGGAGAAGGAGUAGGCACGGACAUCGAUGCCAGAAGGGAUUCCAUCAAUAAUGAUGAACGAGAGGAAGAGGAAGCAGUAGGACUAGGUUUGAACCCACGCCAUGGCUUCGACCACCUUAACUCCAACAACGCCCGACAUUCGCUGAGUCAGGACUCAUUCCAGUACCCGUUACGACAGCUGUCGCGAGAUGAAGAUGAGAGCCGGACUCUCUACCUCUACCCCCACCAGCACCAAAUUUCACCCAUCUUAAGAUCGUCGUCAGAUAUAGACUAUUCCGCCUCAAAUACCCCUAACACUACUACUGUUCUACAUCCCGGUGCUAUUUCCACAAAUAUCCUGUCAAGCGUUCCAGAAAUCGUGGUUACCCAUGCGGAACCGCGUAUCAAAAGCCCUACCAUCACCCGCUCUAGUGAUACGAAUCCAUACGCGCAGCAAACCGUUUACUAUCCGAAUCCUACCGCCUGUUCUUCCUCCAAUGGCCUAUAUAAUCACCACCACCACCAUGGGAACUUUAAGGGAGGAGAGGAGGAUGAGAGCAGCCCGUGUGCGGAGAAUGUGCCGUACGGAUUGAACUCGCGGGGGUUGGGUCAGGGAUAUGUGGCGGCGCCGUUCAUAACUGCUGGGUAUGGGUCUAUCCCGUCGAUGGCUUUCAGGAUGAGUUUUGGUUGAGUGAUUUUCGGUGCUUGGUUGGUGGUGGUGGGACACCAGGAGUCCCGGACGAAAGUAUGGGAGGGAAGAAGGGGGGGGACGAAAGAACGAAAGAUACGACCAAAAAAAAAAACCUCAGGUUGAAAAUCACCUUUGAUAUUAAAACUUAUGAUACCGCUUCUCCUUUUCUCUUUUCAGACACUGUUCUUCUGCUUGCUGUUUACUAUUGCAGUUUCACUCUUCUUCAUCCCAAAUGUUUCACGAAACCCAUACCUUAGCUUGCUUCUUUUCUUUGCAAUUCCAUUUCAACCCCAUCAUCGUGUCCUUUACCUCUCCCGAUUCCAUGUCUCCCUUAACUUUGUAUCCUUCUCCUUUCAUUUUCUUCAUCAGGUCUCCCAUACAUCUCGUGUUUUUCAUCUCAUUCGGUUUUCCAUCUUAUCUUACCUUAGAAACGGUGUCUGGCGCAUGGCGUAACACCAAUUUGCUUUUUUUAUUUUAUUUUAUUUUAUUUUAUUUCUCAUUUUACUUUUCAAGGCUUAAUUCUACCGGUAUUCCACUCCA